AUGAAGCACCAACACUUCAAGAAAGAUGCCAUAGCGGUGUCAAACGUGGGGACACAACAAGGAUAUGUUUUCGACAGCAAAGAUGAAUUGCUCACUUGGGUACGUGAUAUUGGAAGGGCAAAUGUACGUGAUAUUGUUAUAAGGACAUCGGACUAUGGUGGCGGUACCAAGAGACCAAAAAUUUAUCUUGCUUGUGAGCGGAGUGGGAAGUAUAGAUCACGUAAAAAGUUGAAAGAUGGCUCAAAAGGCUUAUUGAGACAAACUGGUACGGAGAAGUGCGAAUGUCCAUUUGAUUUGAAGAUCACAUCCACUAAAGAAACUGAGGUUCGAUCGGAUAUUAUGGUGGAUUUUACUAGUCAUUUUACUGCUAAACAGGUUUUCGACAGCAAAGAUGAAUUGCUCACUUGGGUACGUGAUAUUGGAAGGGCAAAUGGCUUUGUUAUUGUUAUAAGGACGUCGGACUAUGGUGGCGGUACCAAGAGACCAAAAAUUUAUCUUGCUUGUGAGCGGAGUGGGAAGGUUCUACAGAAAGCUGGUAGAUCCCAGAUGCAACAACUACUGGGUGAAUUAGAAAAACAUAAGUACAUUGAGCGUUAUCAAUGUGAGGAAGGCUCUAUGACUGUCACAGACUUGUUUUGGGCACAUCUAGUGAGUUCGGAUUUGCUUCGUACAUUCCGUCGUGUGUUGAUUAUGGAUUGCACAUAUAAGACAAAUAGAUAUCGGCUUCCUCUUCUUGAAAUUGUGGGAGUGACAUCAACUCAUAUGACAUUCUCCGUGGCUAUCGCAUACUUACAAACUAAGCGGGUUGAUGAUUAUGCAUGGGCGUUACAAACAAUGCGUGAUCUUAUAGACAACAGUGUUUUACCUGAAGUCAUUGUCACAGACAGAGAGCUUGCUUUGAUGAAUGCCAAUGACAACACUUUUUCGAAUGCUCGACAUUUGUUAUGUCGUUGGCAUAUUAAUAAGAAUGUAUUGACGAAAUGCAAGAAUUUGAGACAAAAGAAAAAUGGGACAAGUUUAACACUACAUGGAACUAUGUGGUAUUGCCAUCGAUUGAAGAGGAAUAUAAUGAUCACCUUGCAACACUGCAUAAGGAUUUCACACAUUCAAGUUAAAGCAUCAAUCGAGAAGAGUUUGACAACUAUGCAACAUCAAUUCAAACCUUCUCAAUUCAGAGAGCUCCAGGGUAAUGUGUCUAUUUAUGCAUUGAAGUACGUGUUGGCAAAGAGUAAGAGAGCAAAUUCAGUUGGAAUUGAUGUUGCAACAUGUAGGUGUGUUCUUAGGGGCACACAUGGUUUAUCUUGUGCUCACGAGAUUGCAGAUUACAUGAGACAAGGCCGUCCUAUUCCAGUCAGAAGCAUACAUGUUGAGAAAUUGGAAUUGACUUGUAUUCCAGAACUUGAGAUGAUUUUGAAGCGGUUCAAUGAGUCUGAUAUUGCCAUGAAAUUAGAUAUGUAG